UAUUUUCCUACUUAUAUAAAGAACACUACACUGGAGGAAGCAAGCAUAUAAUUGUCUGUUUGUGUGUUCUUAUUCUUUUGCUCCAUCUAUUUUUUCUUGUCCUCCAGGCCCUUAUGGAGUUGCCUAAUCAAGAAAAUGAGAUGAGUAAAAUGCUGAAUGGCCAAGUCCACAUACUAAACCAGAGUCUCAAGUUCAUAAACUCCAUGUCACUCAAAUGCGCCCUGCACCUUAAUAUACCCGAAAUCAUCAAAAAUCAUUGUGCUCCGAUGACACUGACUGAGCUAAUCACGGCUCUCGGAAUCAACAAGUCCAAAGCAAACUGCUUGUUCCGUCUCAUGCGCAUUUUAAUCAACUCCGGAUAUUUUAUCUCACAAAAAAUCUCCGAAAAUGAACAAGGCUACGUGGUUGCACCCUCUGCAUCAUUUCAUUCGACGAAGGAUGCGUCGUUGAUCCGCAUUGACGUGUCUCUUGUAGCGCCUGUGCUGCAGCCCGCGUUCGUGAAGCCGUGGGAUUAUUUAACCAAAUGGUUUUUAAACGAGGAAUUUUGUGACAUGACGCCGUUCGAGAUGGCGUUUCAAAUGUCGUACUGGGAGUAUUUGAGGAAGGAGGAAAAUGCGGGAAGGCAUUUUAAUGAGUCCGUUGCGAUUGAUGCGCGGUUGAUUGGUGGCGUUAUGAUCAAGGAAUGUAGGGAGAUUUUUGAAGAGAUCGAAUCGGUUGUUGAUGUCGGUGGUGGCACAGGGACGGCCUCGAUGAUAAUUGCGAAUGCGUUUCCGAAUCUGAGGUGCAUAAAUUUUGAUCUGGAACAUGUAGUUGAUGGCUUGACAAGCAGUGAAAAUUUGGUUCAUGUUGCUGGUGAUAUGUUCCAAGCAGUUCCUCCGGCCAACGUGGCUCUGCUUAAGUGGAUUUUACACGACUGGAACGACGAAGAAUGUGUAAAAAUACUCAAGAGAUGCAAAGAAGCGGUUGAAAGCAGCAAAGAGAAGGGCGGAAGAGUGAUGAUCAUCGAGACCGUGGUGAAUCCAGAUGAGAAGCAGAAGCAAGUUGAUGAGGAAACCAGAGAAACACAAUUACUCCUUGAUAUGUUGAUGAUGGUUCUGGUGGGAGGAAAGGAGAGAGAUGAGAAGGAAUGGGGUCAGCUCUUUGCAGAUGCUGGCUUCACUCGUUACAAAAUCACUCCCAUCUUUGGCUUCAGAUCUCUCAUUCAGCUUUAUCCCUGAUCACAAACAGACCUGAGUUGGACAUGCAAUUGCUUCGAUUUAAAUUAUCUGUACAAUGUUCUUUUUUUUCUUUCACUUUUGUUCUUAUUUCAGCAUAUUUCUUGUAUCAGACAAUAUGAGACCAGCAU